AUGGUUCGCGGGAAAAAGAUUGGCCUCGGUGAGUUCCUCGGGGACAAGGCCGCCGCCUACAUCCCCGAAGCCGCGCUGCCCUCCGGUCCCCGCGCUCGUGCUGACGACGACACGGGCAACUUCCGAGGUGGCGGUCGCGGCGGUGGCGACCGCUACAGUGACCGCAACGACCGCUACGGCGACCGCAGUGACCAGUCGUGCAGUGACCAGUCGGACCAAUGGCGAGGCGAUCGCAGCGGCAGCAGCAGCAGUCGCAACGAGGAGAGCAGCAGUAGCUGGCGAGGAGGAGGAGGAGGAGCUCCUUCUUCUUCUUCGCGCUUUGAACGUCCGUCGCGAGACGCGUUUCAAGCUGAAGAGCGACCGGCGCAUAUGCGGUUGAAUCUGGCGCGACGGGGCGAAGUGUCGGGGGACGUGCGGGCGAGUAGUAGCAGUGGUAGCCGGUUGAGCUCGUUCCGUGAGGGAGGAGAGACGUCGGGGGGUAAUGGGGGGUUGCUGGGUCGCAAUGGGGGUGGGGGACGUGCGGCUGGACGGUUUGCACGCGGAUCGGACGAUGUGACAACGUCGAUGGGAGCGAUUCGGUUAAGUACGAAUGUGGACGAGCCGAGGACGAAGAAGGUUGUGGCGGUGCCGGACGAGGAGCCGCUGACGGAGAAGAAGUUGCGGGCGCAGCAGAAGCGGGAGGAGCGCAAGAAAAAGGCGGAAGAGGGGCGCCUUGCCGCGGAAGAAGCUAAGCGCCAAGCGCUGGAGGAGAAGAAGCUGAAGGACGAAGCGACGGCGCAGCAGGCGGAGAAGGACCGGGAGACAAUGCGACAAGUGCUUGCGAGUGGCAAGAAGGGCGAGGAGCUUGCAGUUGUGGCCGCCAAAGUGUUUGAACAUUCUGGACGACCGAGUGGGGCCGUGCUGUUUGAGAUGGUGACGGCUGCAGCGGAAGAUGUAGCCAAGUCGAGUGCCAAUUGGAUCGCCAUGUCGGCGUACGGCGAGCUGCUGAAGGUUGGCAUGGAAGGAGCGGACAAGAAGGAGCAGAUGCAGGCGUUGUACGCGUUGCAGCUCUUUUUGAACAAGUACGACUUUCCCACGGGGUUGCUGGAAAAGUGUUUCAUGGCGCUGUAUAGUCUGGAUAUCAUCGACGAAGCGGGCUUUUUAGAGCACAAGUACGAUGUCGAGGGAGACGUGCCUGGACGCAUGAAGGCGAUUGUCCAGACGUCGGCGUGGCUCACAUGGCUCGAGACACCGGAAGAGGAAAGUGAGGAGGAGGCGGAAGAAUAG